AAAGGCUACCAAUUGGUGCGUCAUGGAAGUGAGGAGGAGCUAUCUUUGCUUAGGUCUCAUGAUUUGGAAGAAGGAGAGGAUCAUACAAAUAGUGAAAGUCAACAUGAACAAAGCAAAGAGACGGUGAGGUUUGGAGACAAGACUUGUGCUGCCUAUACUUUGGCCAUGUGCAUUUGCCUGGAGCCCAGGAGCUGCAGAUAUAUAUAUUUUUUUAUUUUUUUUUAUUAUCUAAGCUGGGGUUCUUUAUGGCAUAAUACUGCCAUUCUAUAAAGGUUAAUCCAGUUCAGUUCACACAGACAGUGUGUAUAACUUAAAAUCUUGCUUCUUUUCCUUUUAUUUUGUCCCGUUUUCUUUUCCACUUCGUAUUUUCCUUUAAUAAUGUCGUGCUUCUGUAAGCCCCUUUUAUUAAAAUAAUGGCUUGUUUUUGACCAUAUACUUGGCAUGGUCUUCAUUCUCCAAUACAUAUGCAUAUUUUUCUUUAUACCAUUUAUAAAUCAAUAUUUCAAAAUCAAGAGCAUCUCCUUAAGCAAUUUAUAGAGAACACUACUAAAAUUGAACAUAAAUAAUAUAAAGCAAAACAAAAAGAAAACUGAAAAAAAUAUUCUUGUUCCAAGAAGUGGGUGACAAUGGGAAAUAUUACCUGAAAGUUGCUCUCAACAGCAAGGAAGCCAUCCGUUAAAGAAAAAACAGUGCUAAUAGUAGAUAAAGAGAGAGAGAGAGAGUGAGAGAGUGUGUGUGUGUGUGUGUGUGUGUGUUAGUGUUAGUGUUAUAUAUACACUUUUUUUUUUGGCAUUAGUCCAAAUAGUAGCCCCAUAUAUCUUGGCAAUUUCUUACAGUAGAUACUAAUGUAAUGAUUAAGAGACCCAAUUGCACAAUUAGCUAGAGCUCUUAAAGCUAAAAAUAGAGACUACAUAGAAAUCACCAAUAUAUACUGUAAGCAUAGACCAUGUACAUCUGUCUGCGUCUAUACAACUGGAGAUCAAAGGCUUGUGUUCAAUAGUUUGUUGGAUCUAAAUAGAAAAAUAAAACAGAUCCACAGUACUCAGUGAUAAAAAUAAAUAGAUAAAAAAAAUAUAGUUUACUCAAGAAACUUUAAAACCACUCAUAGAACCAAGAAUAUUAAGUUUGCAUGUCGGUGGUCCUGAUCUGCACCUGCAAACUGACAUAAGACUGUUCUCUUCAUGCUGGCUUUUAGGUGAAGAUGCUGGUUAUAUAGGUGGAGCUCAUGUUACAUACUUUCAAAUGUAUUAGUAAAAAAAUUUUUAAAAAAUCUAAAUUCUGGUUUUAUUAAUUUGCCAUCUUUUCUCUUUAUCCAGGUUUUAAGUGCAUGGACCUUAAAAAAAAAAAAAUAAAAAAAAAAUUGGGCAAUGAAGUGUCCCGAUUUUGUUCCACCAACUUCCCCAAAAUUAAUAUACUGCCUCUAAUUUUAUAUAAAAUCAUAUUUUUAGCAGAUUAAUGCUGUCUUUUAUUGAGAUUCAGUUAUGCCUUUAGUUUUUCACUGUUUCAAAAUAAGUUUUUAACUCUGGAUUAUUUUUUGCAGUUUGAUUUUGCUGAAAUAUUUAUGCACCAGUGCAUCCACACCAUUGAAUAUUGUCUGGGAUGCGUAUCCAAUACUGCUUCCUACCUUCGUCUCUGGGCAUUAAGUUUGGCUCAUGCACGUAAGUGAAUAUUUCUAGGCAAGAAUAUCUUGGCGGGGUAAGCAGGUGGAUGUUCAGGUAGAUAAACUUAGAACAGUGUCGUAGUAUAGCUGAUGGUUUAAAUGAGACCAUUUCAUCAGCCAAUAUGUUGAUAGUAUUGAACACUUUGGACCAGUGGGCUAGCAUCCUCAUGGGAUUUCAUUUCCUGAUUUUUAGAGCUCUCGGAAGUCCUGUGGUCAAUGGUAAUGAGAAUGGGACUGAAGGUGGCUCCCGAUGUUGGCGUCUUCCUACUGAUGCCAGCUGUGGCAGUAUUUGCCACAUUGACAAUAUUUAUCCUUCUUGUCAUGGAAGGCAUCUCUGCAUUCUUGCAUGCCCUCCGAUUGCAUUGGUAAGUGGCUCUGCUUCAAAUUUCAUAUAUAUUUACAAAAGCUUUUUGUUUACUCCUGUUCAUAAGUAUAUUUGAAUCUGUUUUAUCUUUUCUAUGGUUGUUCCAAAAAUAAUUUACUUUUCUUUUUUUCUUUUAACAGGGUGGAAUUUCAAAAAAAGUUCUAUUCUGGAGAUGGAUACAAAUUUACCCCAUUUUCCUUCCAUGACAUGUGCUUAUCCCUUGAAAGAGAGCAUGCUCUGUAGAUUAAGGGGGCACUCACGCACCCAACCUUGGGGUACACUGUUGAGGCACUUUAGUUUGUUUUGGAAAUAGAUUUGUUUAUUUUUUACAAAAUCAAUUAAAAUAUAACUUGGCCAAUGAUAGAAUUACAGACUCUGAAACAUUCCGUUGACGACAUGCAUUAAUUGUACAUCUGUAAUGGAAUUGUUAUAGCACAAAAGUAGAUAUACACACUUUGUGGUCUGGUGGUGUAGUAAGUGAGUUUCAUUCAAGGCAGUAUAGAACUUUCCUAUCGGUUCUAUCUGUUGGUGCACUGUUACCAACAGAAGGUGCAGGCGCUAGUACAUGUUGUCCUUUGUCUCAUGUAGUGUUUGUGAGAGCAGAAGGGAGACUCCUUGGAUUACUAGACCACAAUGCAUGUAUGAUGUUAAAUGGUGUAUAGUAUAUAACUAGUCUAUCACAACUUCAUUACAAAACACGCUCUUUCCCACAAGGAGAAUUUUAAGUAGUCGAUACAAAAAAGACUGUUCAUUUUGACCAUGUUACCUCAUAUGUAAGCUAUACUGGGUUAUUUACUAAAGUGAGAAUUCAGAGUGAUUUCAAACGGAAGUUCAACAUUUCCAUACUGAAAGCAUAGCUGACAGAGUAUGUUUCCAGAUCUGCUAUUUGUACCUUAGAUAUGAAAUUCACUUUAAAUUCUCACUAUAGUGAAUAACCCCGUGUAGUCUUCAAAUUAUCAGUAUUUCCAUAGGCUGAAGAAACACCCUUCUUUCAGUUAUAUAUGUGAGAAUAUUUCUGCGUGUAUUUUGCUUUAAUGUUCUGUAAACCUUUUCUUAACACUGUUUGGGUGACACGUUCUGUUUAAUUUGUACACACUGUGCCAAAUAUCUGUUCACAGUUCUAACAAUUUUAACGGAUUUAAACCUAGAAAUAAUAAGCUACAUCUACUGUGAGCAGCAAUACACAAUGUAUGUAUAAAUUCAUACAGUGUAUACUCAUUUGACUGGCAAAAAUUAAAAUUCCAGCGUUUUGCUUCUAAAUAAAAAGAUACAGGAUUAUUUUUUAUCACAGACAGUUUUCUCAUAAAUAAGCGUUUUGGAAGCAG